AUGCGCGCGCGCACGCUGCUGCUCGCGCUGGCUGUGGCGCUGGCGGCAACAGCGCGAGAGUUGCGUGUACUACAGGACGCACGGACCUCGUUCUAUCUGGCGAUCGCCGCACCGUCUUCAGCCUCCGACUUUGUGCGCACCUUCAAUCGUACUCUCAACGAUCUAUCAAAAACCUAUCUCGCCGGAGAUUAUCCCCUCUAUCUACGCAAUAUCACGCUGCUACCGCUGUACAUCGAGCUGCCAGAAGAUGAAAGGUUUAGUGCGCGGGUAUUGGAACAGACGUGUGCAGCACUGGAGGGGCGCAGGGUUGCUGCUCUCCUGGUUUGUGGUGGAGGCUCUGCUGCUGCAGCACUGGUUUCAACAGCCUCCCGCGCAGGUGUUCCCGUUAUCCGCGCAUCGCCAUCCCAUUUGCGGUUCGCAUAUACCAUCGCCAAUGAACUGCUGCCUUUGGAGGUUCGACUGGAGAUAACAGCAAGAGAAACCUUACAUGCACUCAGAGCCACUCUACUGCACACCCAUUGGCAUACUUUUACUUUGCUUGCUGAAGAAAACAUAUAUUUAACGCUAUCGCUACGGAAGGAUCUCUCUUCAAUCCUUACAACUCAACCGCUUAAUCCUAAAUGGCUCUCGCUUCCUUCGAAUUAUACACGCCGUGCCAUCUUUAGGCGACUUGCCGAAGUCUCGAGACUGACACGGGGUGUGGUUGUUCUAAUUUGCGAUAUUAAUUAUGCGAAGCUUAUUAUGGACGAAGCCAAACGCUUAAAUAUGCUUGAUGGUCAUUUUUUCUGGUUAUGGAUCGACGCUUCUAAUGAAAUUGAUGUUUUCCACAACAUCGGAAAUCGUACUAAAUAUGCAGAGGAAAAUUACAGCGAGAGCUUGAAAGAAAAAGAUGAAGCAUUUACAUUUGAUGAUUUUGAGCGUAUCAAACGAGAUCACGCAGACAAUAAUUCAUUAGAAGCAAAUAGUCCUAAAAUUACGAGAAAAAAUAAUAGAUUUUCAAAUAAAAGUAGUAUUAUGGGAAGUAGAGAUGUAAGAAAUAUUUCAGAGAAUUCAAUUUAUCGUCGUGUUAGUAGAAAUACAAAUAAAAUUGAAACGCACAUGAAUAGUAAAUUAUUAUAUACAAAUUUUAGUCAUUCGUAUAAUAUUAGUCGCAAUAUUAGUGAAAAUGUAAGGACUUAUAAUGUAAAGAAAAAAGGCGUUGAAACUUCUAAAAUUGAAAAGAAUUCAGUUGAGAGGGAAAAUUUGUCUUUCCUCGAUAUAAAUAAGGGUAAACAGAUUAGUUCUAGUGAAUUGAAUAGUGAAUCUUUUAACAAAUAUGUAAAUAGUAUAAAUAUAAACAAAGUUUAUGAUAAAAAUGAAGUAUUAGAAGAAAAUACUGUAAGUAGUAUCGAUAGUCAAGAACUAAGAGAUAGAAUAUUAUUUUCAAGUGAUAUUAGUGAUUUCAUUAUGAAUCCCACGGUGCAAACUCCUACGAGUUAUAUAAGAGGUGCAAUCGAGAAACGAAAUAAUCGAUAUGCGAUGGACCACGAGGAGCCAAUUAGUAGAGACGAAAGUGAUAUUAAUAAAAUAUUUAAUAGCCUCCCAGUUGGGUUACUAGCAUUACAUCCGCAGUCUAUGAAAAUAGAUAGUUCAUUUGCAAAGGCUGCUGUCAGAAUGAUGGUUGGAGCACUUAGGCGUGUACUUCGCGCUUGCGACGCGUGGUCAGCUCAAGCACAAUUUUUUAGCGACGCAGCUGCGUCUUGCUGGGAUGAACCCAGUGAUGCCGCAUCAGACUUUUCCAUGGAAUUUGUGAGAGAAAUAAGAAUCUCUGCAGCAGCAGCAUUAGCUGGUGGAUUAGAACGGCCAGAGCAGUCUCUAUUAGCUGAGUUUGCUUUUUUAAAUUUAGUAACAAACCCCAAUGGUGGUAAUAAGUGGAGACAAGUUGGCCAUAUCCUAGGUCGCAGUGUAAGACUUCAUACAAUAGUGUGGCCAGGAGGUCGUCUAGUUGCUCAUGGCCAAUCAUCAGGCGCUCGCACUAUUUUCCGCAUAGUGACAGCUCUAGCUCCACCUUUUGUUAUGGAAGGUGAAUUGGAUGAAGAUGGUCAAUGUCUACGCGGACUGCCGUGUCAUCGUCCACAAACGUCUGAUCGAGAUAAUCUUACUCUUGUUUUUAACGAAUUAGAAAGAGACGGCGAUCAAACAACAACAGAUUUUUUUUUCCCAACACCUAAACCAUCAACUAUUUGGAAAAUGGCUACUCAUUGUUGCUAUGGAUUUGCAAUGGACUUGUUAGAAAAUAUCGCAGAAGAAUUAGAAUUUGAUUUUCAUUUAUAUAUUGUAGAUGAUGGUCUAUAUGGAUCUCGAAAAUUAGUAAAACCAUUUCGUAAUUUCGAUGACGAUAAAAAUACUGAUAAAAAAUAUAGAUCAAGUGACCGAUCUCAGGCCAAGCAACGAGAAGAUUUUAUUGAUAUAAAUAAAAAUGAGUAUAAUAAACAAACUACCUUGUCAGGAGACGGGGAUUCCAAUGAAAAUACUGAUAUAUGGAAAUGGAAUGGUAUUAUUGGAGAUUUGGUGUCCGGAGCUGCGCACAUGUCAUUUGCUGCCCUUAGCGUGUCUGCUGCUAGGGCAGAAGUAGUUGACUUCAGCCAACCUUAUUUUUUUAGCGGAAUAUCUAUUUUAGCAGCACCAAACCAAAGACCAGACAUACCACUUUUAGCGUUUUUGUUACCAUUCUCUCCAGAGUUGUGGAUUGCAAUAUUCACUUCACUAAAUGUUACAGCUAUAGCUGUGGCAAUAUAUGAAUGGCUUUCUCCAUUUGGAUUAAAUCCAUGGGGCAGACAAAGAUCAAAAAACUUUAGUAUUUCAAGCGCACUCUGGGUAAUGUGGGGACUUCUUUGCGGACACUUAGUUGCUUUCAAAGCCCCAAAAAGCUGGCCUAAUAAAUUCCUAAUCAAUGUUUGGGGUGGCUUUUCUGUGAUAUUUGUCGCAAGUUACACAGCUAAUAUAGCAGCGCUGAUAGCCGGUUUAUUUUUUCAUAAUGCUGUUGAUGACUACCAAGGAAGGGGCAAUUGGUUGUCAUUACGAGUCGGAACAGCAAAAUCUUCAGUAGCUGAAUAUUAUAUUCAACGAAAUAAUCCACUGUGGGCGCAACAAAUGCGUCGUUUUGCCCUUCAUAAUAUAGAGGAAGGAAUUGAGCGGCUGAGGAAUGGAAGUUUGGACCUUUUGAUAGCCGACUCACCUGUUUUAGACUAUUAUCGCGCCACAGAUCACGGCUGUAAGCUUCAACGCGUAGGAGACCAUGCUCUCACUAAAGACAUUUAUGCAAUAGGCAUGUCAAAAGGAUUUCCUCUAAAGGACAGCAUAUCGGCAGUAAUAGCCAAAUAUUCAUCAAACGGUUAUAUGGAUAUUUUAACUGAGAAAUGGUACGGUGCUUUACCUUGCUUCAAACUAAGUCCUGAUUAUGGAAUACAGCCAAAACCACUCGGAGUUGCGGCUGUAGCGGGCGUAUUUAUAUUACUGGGAGUAGGAAUGAUAGUAGGAUGCUUAAUAUUGAUUUUGGAACAUCUUUUUUAUAAAUACACGCUUCCUAUUUUACGUCAUCAACCCAAGGGAACUAUUUGGAGGAGUAGAAAUAUAAUGUUCUUCAGUCAGAAACUGUACAGAUUUAUAAAUUGCGUAGAACUUGUAUCACCACAUCAUGCCGCGAGGGAGCUAGUUAAUACUAUUCGGCAGGGUCAUUUUACAUCUUUAUUCCAAAAAAGUGUAAAAAGGAAGGAACACGAACAGCGUAGAAGAAGAAAAAGCAAGGCACAGUUCUUUGAAAUGAUCCAAGAAAUCAGAAGGGUCCAGCAAGGUCGUGAUCUUUCCUUGGAUUCGAUUAAAGAAAAUGCUGUUGUGGAAACAUCAGAAUUCUCGGAAGAAGUAACUGAGACAAAAUUUCUUUCACCGUCACCCGACGUAUCAAGUCAUUCACCACGUCGAAGCAGGUCGCCAAGACAAUAUAGAUCUCCAAGAAGUAAAAGAAAAAGGUGUAGUUUAGCGGGUCUUAAUGUACGUAGAUUUAGCACUGAUUCAGUCUUAGGGUCCGAUUCUGCUUCAAUAUAUGAAAAAACUAGUAUUAACAUUGGUCGAAGAUUAAGUCGUGAUGUCAGCUUCCUAACAAAUUCCCCCCCGGAUAUUAAUACAAGACUACGAACACCAUCCCCGAUGGUUAGGCGACCCGAAGGAUCCUCUACUAGAUCUUAUCAAGACAUGUCUGAUUCUUCUCCUAAUUAUUUAGCCAUAGACGCUCCAAGUCAUCGAGCGAGUGUGGAAAUAAUGGUAACUCAGGAAUCUGAAAUUUCAUCUGCUUCGCCUUAUAACAGAGUGUCUCCAACGGCUGCAAGAUCUGAAUUGUCUCGAUUGUCUGAAGAAGAACUGAUUAGAUUAUGGAGAAGUUCUGAACGUGAAGUUCGAGAGGCUCUUUUGGCUGCAUUACAAGAGAGAAGAGCGAGUUUGGAGCCAAAACAAGAACCGGGAUGA